UAUAUCGAGCCUGGUGUCUUGGAAAUUAAACAUUACGGAAAGCAGGCUUUCGAAGCUACUUCGUUAGCAUAUGAAAAUUAUGCAAAACCCUACGUGGAUCCAUCUCUGGAACUCCUCCAGCCUCAUUUGCAAGUGGCUAUGGAAUCAUCUAUCAGUUACGUCAACACCGCUCAAGAAAUGUACGAUCAGCAUGCAAAGGAGCAUGUCGACACGUAUUACAAUCAAGCAAAGGAAGCUGCUACUCCAUAUGUUCUAAAAUUGCAGGAGUAUACCAUUAUAGCUUAUAAUAAAGCAUCAGAAUUUAACGAAAAAAAAGCCAAACCCUUUUAUCACGAAGAAGUUAUACCACGCGUUAUUAAAGCAAAGGAUUAUUACCACACAAAAGUGGUUCCUUAUGCCAAGAGUGUAACGGUAUAUAUUACCGAAAAAUAUCAUGAACACGUUGUUCCCGCGUAUCAAGUUCAUAUUGAACCUCAUGCUUUAAAGCUCUGGG